AUGAGUUCUGUCGUAGAGAGUCCGCCCAAGACUGGCUUCAGCCUGGUGCUGCAGAACCCCUAUCUAUGUGGCGUGGCUUCGUUCUCAACGCUCGGUGGAUUGCUUUUUGGCUAUGACCAGGGAGUCAUCAGUGGUGUCAUUACCAUGGAGUCCUUCGGGGCUCGGUUCCCUCACAUCUUCACAGACAGUGGAUUUAAAGGCUGGUUUGUGUCAACGCUCUUGUUGGCCGCAUGGUUUGGAUCGCUUAUCAAUGGGCCAAUUGCCGACAGGCUCGGGCGAAAGAUGUCGAUUAACCUGGCGGUCGUCAUCUUCAUAGUGGGAUCUGCCAUCCAGUGCGCUGCAGUCAACGUCGGGAUGCUCUUUGCUGGCAGAGCGGUAGCUGGUUUGGCUGUCGGCAUGCUCACCAUGGUCGUGCCGCUGUAUAUCUCUGAGGUAUCGAUUCCUGAGAUCCGUGGUGGACUCGUGGUUGUUCAACAGCUCUCUGUCACCAUCGGUAUCCUGGUCAGUUACUGGAUCGACUAUGGCUCCAACUACAUCGGCGGCGCUCGCUGCGCGCCGAACGUCCCCUACGCUGGCAGUUCCUUUGAUCCCUAUACCGACGUCCCGGCAGGUGGCUGUACAGGACAGUCUGAGGCAUCCUGGCGUCUGCCGCUCGCUGUACAGAUCGCGCCCGCAAUCAUACUCGGUGCUGGAAUGCUCUUCUUUCCCGACUCGCCUCGAUGGCUUUUGAUGAAGGAGCGCGAUGACGAGGCGCUGUCUGCGCUCUCGAGACUGCGACGGCAGGCUCGCGAUGCUCCUGUUCUGCGAAACGAGUACCUGGAGAUUCGCGCGUCGAUCAUGCUUGAGAAUAGUUUCGCGCGCGAGAACUUUCCGAACCUUUCUGGUAUCAGGCUUCAUGCUGCUCAGUAUCUUUCCUUCCUCACAACCUGGGCGCGCUUCAGACGUUUAGCUAUCGGCUGCUGCGUUAUGUUCUUCCAGCAGUUCAUGGGCUGCAAUGCCAUAAUUUACUAUGCCCCAACCAUAUUCAGCCAGCUCGGACUCGAUGGCAACACGUCUUCGCUCCUUGCGACCGGGGUCUACGGCAUCGUCAACUGCCUCAGCACUCUACCAGCCCUCUUCUUCAUCGAUAAGGUCGGCCGCCGCGUGCUCCUGAUGGCUGGCGCCACUGGCACUUGUAUCUCCCUCGUUAUUGUGGGAGCGAUUGUCGGGGCGUAUGGUGCCAGCCUCGUGGACCACAAGGCCGCUGGCUGGGCUGGGAUUGCGUUUAUUUAUAUCUAUGACGUGAACUUCUCUUAUUCCUUUGCGCCCAUCGGGUGGGUUCUCCCCUCCGAAAUCUUUAACCUCUCUAUCCGGUCAAAGGCCAUUUCCAUCACGACCUCUGCGACUUGGAUGUGCAACUUUAUUAUCGGGCUCGUCACACCAGACAUGCUGGACUCGAUCUCCUGGGGCACGUACAUUUUCUUCGCGGCAUUUUGUCUUCUCGCGCUCGCAUUCACGUUCUUCUUCAUUCCUGAGACCCGUGGCAAGACUCUCGAAGACAUGGACCUCAUCUUCGGCGACACGGCUGCGCAUGAGGAGAAGACGCGCAUCAAGCGCAUCGAGGCGGAACUGCAUGGGACAGGUCUAGAUGAAGAUGAGGCUCAGAAGCCUAUGAAGCAGCACGCCGAGGUUGUGGAUGCUGUUUGA